CGCAUGCGCUAACUUCCUCUUUUUCCGGCUGGAACCAUGGAGGUUGCCGAAGAGAAGAAAAAGAAGGUCCCUGCUGUGCCAGAAACCCUUAAGAAAAAGCGAAGGAAUUAUGCAGAGCUGAAGAUAAAGCGCCUGAGGAAGAAGUUUGCCCAAAAGAUGCUUCGAAAGGCAAGGAGGAAGCUUAUUUAUGAAAAAGCCAAGCAUUACCACAAGGAAUAUAGACAGAUGUACAGAACAGAGAUUCGAAUGGCUAGAAUGGCAAGAAAAGCUGGCAACUUCUAUGUACCUGCAGAACCCAAACUGGCAUUUGUCAUCAGGAUCAGGGGUAUCAAUGGUGUGAGCCCAAAGGUUCGUAAGGUGUUACAACUUCUUCGCCUUCGCCAGAUCUUCAAUGGCACCUUUGUAAAGCUCAACAAGGCUUCAAUUAACAUGCUGAGGAUUGUGGAACCAUAUAUUGCAUGGGGGUACCCAAACCUGAAGUCAGUGAAUGAACUCAUCUACAAGCGUGGCUAUGGCAAAAUCAAUAAGAAACGAAUUGCCUUGACGGAUAAUGCUUUGAUUGCACGAUCUCUUGGUAAAUAUGGCAUCAUCUGCAUGGAGGAUCUGAUUCAUGAGAUCUACACUGUUGGAAAACGCUUCAAAGAGGCAAAUAACUUCCUGUGGCCCUUCAAAUUAUCUUCUCCAAGAGGUGGAAUGAAGAAAAAGACCACCCAUUUUGUAGAAGGUGGAGAUGCUGGCAACAGGGAAGACCAGAUCAACAGACUUAUUAGAAGAAUGAACUAAGGUAUCUACCAUCAUAUUUUUGUAAUCUGGUCAGUUAAUAAAACAGUACCUGCUCUCAAUGUA